AUUUUCAUGCCCUUAACUUGCAUCGUCGCCUCACCUUCACACCGCCAGAACGGGGAAUUGUGCCAACCAACAACCCUCCGCAACUUCGCACGCAAGGCGGCGUUUCUUAGGCAUCAAUUUGUUUGUUCGCUGGUCAGCUUCGUGCCUCUCUUUUUUUUCCUUUUCCUAACUUCUUUCUCUCUCGCUCGCUCGCUCCCUGGCUCCCUUCUCUUCUUCUGUCUUCCACCUUCUUUUCCUCUUCCUUUUCUUCCCCUUCUUCCUCUCACUCACUUAUCCUCGUUGCAGCGAUUUGCUUCUACUGACCCACCCGGAUAGUAUAGAUCAGAAUACAACAGUCCCACAGUCCACUAAUCGCCACCCUCAUCAUGGCUGAUAAUUCAGGCAGUGCACCAACCAGCUCUACUCAACAUCACCAUCAUCCUCCACCAGAUCCUCCCAAUACCACUUCACCUAGUAGUACCACCACGACUCCUCCGACCACGACGAGUACGAAUAACAAGCUGGAAUGUGACCCGCCUGCGGAGACCAAUGCGGGUAAAGCAGAGGCCAAGCCGCCUGUCCCCGCCCCCGAACCCGCCGCCAAAAAGGCGACGGUCUGUGCCAAACAUCCCCCCACCGCUGCCACUGAGUCGAAGAAGAAGAAGCCCCAUCGCUCCACCAAGACCUCCUCCAUUGUCACCCCCAGCGAUGACAGCUCUUCCGCUGCCGACUCCGACAGCAGCGACUCAGACUCUACCACCCACGACUCUGCCGCAGAUAAAGAUGCCUCCACUUCCUCCUCUAGCUCCUCCAGCUCCGACGAAUCCGAGGUGGACCGCAAGCAUCGGCGCAAGCGCGGCAAGGCCCGAGCCAAGAAAGCCCUGAAGAGCAGCGGUCGCAGGAAGAAGUCCACCCGCUCUCGCCAACAGUCGGACUCCGACUCGGAUUCCUCCUCCCAGGAUGGCGAGGACACCGACUCCGAUCUCGAUGAGAAGACCUUGAAGAGGCUGGUCGCCAAGCUCAAGAACAAACGUUCCUCCAAGAAAUCUCGCUCCAAGGAGGACUCCUCCGAGGACCAGCAGGAUGACAACGAGGAUGAUGGCUCCGAGGAACUGGCCUUGCUCCUGGCAAAGCAGAAGUUGGCGGCCCUGCGACUGAAGUUGAAUGACGGUCGCCGCAGUAAAGGACGCAGAAAGCGGAGCUCAACCGACGCGGAUGGUUCAAAGGGGUCGUCACAGAAGUCCAAGGGCCGGAAGAAGGCGGCGUCGAAGAUCGCUUUCAAGCGGGUGGAUCAAUUAUGGGACAAUACAAUCCAUAACUACAAAUUGACCGAGACGGUCGAUGAUCCUGGAGCCAACGAGUGGGACCAAUACCUCUUCACAGUACGUCGCAAGUUCGAUUGGGACAACAAGUAUACGGAGACGGUGGUGGACCUCAAGAGCAAGUACAUCCGCGAUGCGCUGGCCAAGGUGAUGGACGGAGUCAAGGGCGUCAGUCUGGUCCAGGAAACGGCGGUCGUCGAUCCCAACAUGCUCUUUCUGUACUUGGAGGAGACCCGGCAAUACAUGCGCGAACUGCGACAGCUGGCCAAGACGGAAAGAAAGAAGAAGGCUCGCAAAGCAGCCCAACUCAAGGCCGCCCACCUCAAGGUGCUCAUCAAGUACCUGGAUACCGACUAUGCGGAUACCAAAAAGACCCUGUACCCACUGCUCGACGCCAACAUGAUCACCUUCGACCUGUUGUGGGCCAUCUUCAAGCCUAACACGAUCGCCUAUUCAUCGACGUACGGCAAUGUGGAUGAGCCUCGUGCCUUCAAGAUCGAGUACGCCACCAAAGAAUCGUCCUUCAUGAAAGGUCAGUGGUACAGCAUCGAAGGGCGUUACCUGGAAUAUGACGGGAAGUCGUUCGGGAUGGGCACGAUGGCGGCGGAGGUCGAAUCCUUCAAGGGCUCUCGGAAAAUCACCAGUCUUGGCUGUUAUCCCCUGAAAUAUCAUCGCGAGGCGGAGGCCAUUAAGCUCAAGCUGAUCGAGCGGGGCAAGAAGUUCGUGGCAUUGCGUGGCAUGAACUACCGCUUCCACAAGGGCAUGGGCUUCUACAAGAAGAAGCGCUCGGUUAUUAAAGUCAACAUCAACGGUAGGGUCAUGAUCGACCCGGCUAUCCAUCGUCGCAUCAACCCCAACUAUCCUAUCAGCACCGUUCGCCCCAAGGAUCCGGAUUACCUGGAUGGGUCGGACGGAGACGGGAGUGACGAUGGCUGCUGCUGUGGCGUGUCGGAUUCGGAUUCGGAUCAGGGUGGUGGACCAUCGCGGGACUCUGACACGCCCAGAACACGCUACAAGGUGGUUCGAGACAAGGAGGGAAAGCCACACGUGGUUGAAGUCGAACUGGACGAGAAUGGUAACGAGGUGCAGAAAGAGGACAUAGACGAAGUGGAUGACCCCUCCGAGCGGGAUUUCACCGAGGAGGAGCUGCUGAUUGCGAGUCCAGUAGUCCUGGGGUUCGCCUUUAGCGAGAAGCUGUGGCUGGAGUUCAGCAUCUCCGGGAUUAGCGAGAUUGAAUGGAACGAGGAGGCGUUCAGCUCUCUGGUGCUGCCCGACAACCAGAAGUCCAUUGUGAAGGCGCUGGUUGAGUCUCACACCUUCCGAGCGGCCCAAAACAUCGAUGAUGUGAUCCAGGGCAAGGGCAAGGGGCUAGUCGCAGUCCUUCACGGCCCUCCAGGGACAGGGAAGACGCUCACAGCAGAAGGUAUCGCCGAACUGCUCAAGCGGCCCCUGUACAUGGUCAGCGCAGGCGAGCUGGGCACCGACUCGCGCACGCUGGAAGCCGAGCUCAACAAGAUCUUGGAUAUCGCCCAUUCGUGGGGUGCGGUCCUCCUGCUCGAUGAGGCCGAUAUCUUCCUGGAGAAGCGGACCAUCCAGGACAUCCACCGGAAUGCCCUGGUCAGCAUCUUCCUCCGUCUCCUGGAGUACUUCCAAGGCAUCCUGUUCCUGACGACCAACCGCGUGGAAACCUUCGACGACGCGUUCCAAUCGCGCAUCCACGUGGCGCUCCGCUACGGUGACCUCACCACCAAGGCCAAGCGCAGUGUCUGGAAGAUGUUCCUGGAGAAAGUCCAGGCCAUGGAAGGGGUGCAGACCGCUCCCUUCACCGAUAAGGACUUUGACCUCCUUGCCCGCCACAACCUGAACGGACGCCAGAUCAAAAACUCCGUCCGCACCGCGCAAGCCCUCGCCGUCAACGAGCAGACGCCCCUCUCCAUGGAGCACAUCAAGCGGGUCCUGGCCGUGGCCGACACAUUCGACCAGGACCUCCGCGGGGGGACGGGAUACCUCGACGCCAUGCGAAGCUAUACCUGAGGCUGCCCUGCACGUCGACCUACCCGUGUCAACAUCUCCACUUCUUGUUUUUGACGAAUGCAAUGAUGACGACUAACAUAAAGAAGAAGAGCAAAUUGGCGUUUGGGAAGAAAUCUCUCCCCUCGAGCACGUGGUGUGCAAAGGUUGUUUUUGUCUUGUUCUCUUGGCAUGGGGCGGAAGCAUCGCAAGAUGGAUGGAUGGGGGCUUGAAGAUCAUUCAUUCAUCUUCCGACGAAGUCAUGACUGAAACACACGCGCAUCGCCUGGUUUUUCUUGGUCCGGAGUCGGGUUGAAGUUCUUUUCUUUUCUUUUUUUUUUUUUUUU